UGCUACAGCAUCGCCGUUAACGCGCGAUUACCAACCAGCAGAACACAGAAGAUACAUUUACUCACGAUGUUGCAGGCGCGGACUCCAGCAUGUAAAAUGCACCUACAUAGUGAGCUUAAAUCAGUCCCAUGGAUUAAAGUCGGAUUGGCGAGCGUCGCAGCAGGGAUGACGGGCGCAGCAUUGCUGAUGUCGCCCCCGGCGCUUGCUAUGGACUCUAACCCUUACGAGGACAGCAAGAAGACCAUCAUGCUUGGCGUGACUCAACAGGGGACCAUUCGCGCGUGCCAGGGCAACGUGAACCCGAACUGCGUGUCCACGGCAUCCACUAACGAGCUGUACACGCCUGCUUGGCGGGCGCCCACACGGACCGCCAAGGAGGCUGCUGACGUGCUGGAGCGCACAGUGCUGGCGCGCUUCCCGGAGUGGGAGCUAGUGCGCAGCGAGGAGUUUGAGUUUGGGCAGUACCGGGCCUUCACUGCGCCGUCACUCUUCGGGAAGGACGUCAUGGAGUUCCUGAUCAAGGACGAGUCGGUGAACAACCGCAACUGGGAGGGCGACCGGGACGGGCCCUUCGUCACCUACCGCUCCCUCGCGGGCAGCGUCAAGUACAUCUGGCCCAUCCAGCAGCCAGUGUCGGACCUGGGCGCUCAGAAGACCCGCAUGGGAGAGCUGCGGGAGGCGCUGGGCUGGAGGGUGAUUGGCUGCGAGCUUAUCGAGUGCUACGACUACUGAACAGGACCGUGGCGGCUUGCGUGACACUGGGUCCCGGGCUCCGGGCUGUGCCACUGUGGGAUGUGUGGUGUGUGCCCUUGCAUGUCAUGCUGGGCCGAGUCGGCACCGCAGCGGGGUCUCUCAGAGUCUCAGCCACGGCGGGGCAGCACAGGAUGAGAUAUUGCAGGGCUGUAUGCGCCCAAGGCAGCGGAGGUGCGGUGCCUGCUGUCGCAGUGUCGGCUGUGUUGCAGAGGCGGUUUGAUGUGGGGUUGGCAAGAAAGGCGGACCCGCCUGGUGGCCCGGUGGAACUGAAAGCCCGUGUUGACCCUAAAUACUCUUGCGCUGACGGGAGAUUGCAUGUUUCUAUUACAAAGGGGAGCCAUGCGACGACGUAGCCUCGGCUCAAUGUUGUGUGCGCGGUCGGGGCAUGCGUGGGGCCAACGGCACAGGCACCCAUGUAACGCACAGCCCCGCGCAGUCAGUAGCAAUCCCGGGGAUUGGGGCGUGGCGACUACUCGAGCACAGAAAUCCUGACACCAUCUCGACUGCCCGACUCAAACGCUGGAAAUCUUUGUUCCGCAACGUGGCUGCAUCAGUGCCACAGAAAACAGCGAAGACUCGGAGCGACGCUCUCGCUAGAGCCCAACACACCGCGCAGUCCGCCCUUGCGCCCAGAGAAACACACAAGGACAACUUAGCCCCUGCGCCCAGCUAUCAGUGCCGACUGAUCGUGGCCUGCAUCGACGUUUGUUGUAGUAUGGCUGCUGCUUGCGCAGAGCCUGGGGUGGCGGCAUGGCGCGGCUGACGUGCCCUUGCUGACCCUUACGGUGAAGCAGGCAACCCAGCUUCAACUUGCGCCUGCGUACGACGCGCUCCGCGUGCGUCACUUGGCCUUCAUCCAAGAGGCCUACAGCGGCGCCGCGCCGCCAGCGGAAGCGAUUCAUGCGCUGCGGGCGGCCCUGGCGCGGCUGUGGGCUUUGGUGUGGGAGCCGCGACACAAGGAACCGCUCUGGCGUCUGGCAGUCAAUGGGUUCACGGGCUUUGGGAUGCUUGCGGCGUGGGCCGCAGAUGGACGCGUGGAGAAAUGCCCGUGUGGGACUCAGAUGACUGCUGGGGCUAGGGCUCAUCACUUCUGGGACUGUGUGGUGGCGGAGGCUCUGCGUGAUGUGAUGCAGGAGCAUGCGAAUGUGGACAUCACACGGAACCAGUUGUGGUUAGUACAGGCGCCACCAGGGCUAUCGCAGACGGUGUGGGACAUCGUGUGCUUGGCUGCUGUGGCGGCCCUGGAAUACGGCCGACAGCGCCUUUACGCUUGCCGUGAUGCUGCAGACCGGACUGCGGAGGUUGCUGUUGUGCGGAGGAUCGGUGUGGAGGUGAUUGCGGACUUCUGGUCACGGCUAGCUGCGUUUGUGAGUCUGCGUCGGCCUCCGCGCCGCUGGGACCUUGUCCCGAACCAGCACCCAUUCCUAGCGUCAGAUGAUGUUG